UUCUCCAGCUUUAUAUACUCCCUCUGCCUCGGGCGAGAGACCUCUUUCCUCCUGAGAGACCAUGUGGGCCAGGCUCCUUCUCGUUGGGGUGCUCCUCUCCUUCUCUGCUGGCCUCCAUGCGGUUGCUGGAGGGGAUGAUGGUGAAAAGAGCCAGAUUCCUCUGAACAGUUUCUGCCAGUUGCCUCCAGAUCGUCAGAAAUGCAGCGAUGAGUCCUCCAUCCGAGUCUUCUAUAACUCCAAGGCGGGCGUCUGUGAAAAGUUUGUCUAUCAAGGGUGCGAGGGCAACAGAAACAACUUCGCAACACAGCUAGAAUGCCUGAAGGCCUGUUCCAGCCGUGAUAUCUGCCAAUUGCCCAGUGAUUCUGGCUUUGGCGAUGUCUUUCGGUUCCGCUUCUUCUACAACGCCGUCUCCAGGAUGUGCGAGAGUUUCCUCUACAAAGGCAGCAGAGGAAAUGCCAACAACUUUUGGGACAAGGAAACCUGCGUCCAGUUCUGUGCACCAGAAGCACCACGGAGAGGGUGUCCAGAGGUCCACGGUGUCGGCAUCUGUAUCUCUCAAUGCGAAUCAGAUGACAACUGUGGGGAAGGAAGGAUCUGCUGCCCCACCGGCUGCGGCACUGUCUGCCGAAGUGUGAAGGAACUCUGAUCCUUUCCCAGGGAGAAGGCCUCAGGGCGGCCUUCUUGGAUCCACCUCAGUGAAGACCUGACUAUGCUGACAGUCUUCCUCCUCUUCCUCCUCCUCCUCACUCACUCACUCCACCCUCCUUAUCCUCCUCUCCCUCCCUCCUUCCCUCC